AUGCUCUUUGCUUCUUUGACGAUUUGCUAUAAAGAUCUUUUUAAUCAUUCCUCAUGCAAUCAAAUUUUAUCUACCAAUAUUACAAAUGCUACUAAUAUUAAGAAUUCUAAUAUUGAUCUUUUGUUUAAGAAAGAAGAACUUGAAAAAGAGACUUUAGAAUUUGAUAUCGAAGUAGUAAAUAUUGAUAUGAGGAAUGAAUUAGUAAUAGAAGAAUUCUUUGAUAUGAAAACAUUUAGACAACGUCAAGACAAAAGACUUGUUUUCAAGAACCCACCACUAGUACUAAGGAUUGGAUGA